UCUUCUAUAUUUUCAACACUCUCAUCAUUUUUCUCCUCUACUUUCUCUCAAACCAAACACAUCUUUCCAGAAGAAAAGAAAAAAGCUCAAGAGAAUAAGCAAAUGGCCGAUCAGCUCACUGACGAUCAGAUCUCUGAAUUCAAGGAGGCCUUUAGCCUAUUUGACAAGGAUGGAGAUGGUCCUUCCUCUCAUUCUCUCUUUUCUGCAGGUUGCAUUACGACCAAGGAGCUGGGGACUGUGAUGCGGUCACUUGGGCAGAACCCCACUGAGGCGGAACUCCAAGAUAUGAUCAAUGAAGUUGAUGCCGAUGGAAACGGGACCAUUGAUUUUCCUGAAUUCCUUAACCUGAUGGCUAGGAAGAUGAAAGAUACUGACUCAGAGGAGGAGCUUAAAGAGGCAUUCAGGGUGUUUGACAAGGAUCAAAAUGGUUUCAUAUCUGCUGCUGAGCUUCGUCAUGUCAUGACCAACCUUGGUGAGAAGCUUACUGAUGAGGAAGUUGAUGAGAUGAUCCGUGAAGCAGAUGUUGAUGGUGAUGGACAGAUCAACUACGAGGAGUUCGUCAAAGUGAUGAUGGCCAAGUAAAUGGCCUCUCCAACUAUAACCAGGAUCGAAAGGGGGGAGGGUGGAUGGAACAGGACAGAUAAGUUUGCUAGGAUUUCUAUUUAUAAAUAGGACAUCUAUGUUUUUUUUUAUGGUAGCUUUUGUUGGAUGGUUUUGAUUAUUUUGUGGACCAGACCUUAGUAUUC